UACGGAGAAGUCACUUUAACAUGGAAACCUCUGCCUCAUUGAAUUCAGGGUUUAAUGUACUUGAAGCUCUGCAGUUCCUUUUACAGCUUUUUUUUUUAUUUAUACAUGAUUUUUUGUAUACUGCAUUGAAAUGUCCUUGACUUCCCCCAAGUUCCCUCCAGCUCCCGCUGUACAGUGGAUCCAUGGCAAACGGGAGGGUUUGGAAGCAGCAGUCUUGGAGCUGUGUGUGUUCACCAGGUGUUGUGUGGGAGAUGGUGACCUUGGAGCAGUGCUGUCCCUUCCCAUUGCCAUCAGCUUUCCCCACCAUUUCUCUUUGUGUAGCAAAAACAUUUGCACUUACUAUACACUCCUACAUGUUGGAUGUAUUCCCAGUGUUGUUCUGAGGGGGGAAAAAAAGGCAAAACAGGAAGAAAAGAAAAGCAAAGCUGUUCCCUGUGAUACUGUAUUUCUGAGUGAGCAGCUCAGGUCUGUGUUCCCCUGGGAGGGGUCUCGCUGCUCCAGAGCAGGAGGGAGGGAGCUGGGACUGUGCUUUGUGCAGGGGAUUUCUGCGAUCAAUGUGAAUAAAAAAGGGAAAACAUGUCUGAAUUUGCCAAAGCCAUUUACCACUCCCUGUGGCCCGGGGCUGUGCCCUCCCUGUGCCACCACCAGCUCCAGGGACAGGCGGCUGCCUGGGGAGAUCCCUCUGGAGAUCCCAGCUGUGAGGGGUCCCUGGGAGCCCCCACCUUGCAGCUCUCUCUCGCUUUUGGGUCAUAACCAGACUGGAUGAACCCCUGCGCUCCCUGUUCCAGUGGAUCUCCCUGUUCCAGUGGAUCUGUAUCUCAUUUCUGGUGUCACUUUUCCUUUCCUGACAAGCUGCAGCCCCCGGGGUGAUCCUGUCCCGUUUGACAUUCGGGGUGCUCUGAGGACCCCAACCCGUUUGUCUCCACGAGUGAUGUUGCACAACACAGAUCCCCACGGAUCCGUCUCCAUCCCCACGUGCUCUGUAAGAUGGACCUUUGUAGAGUCGUUAUUUCUGUAGACUUCGUUUAUCUGUAACAAACUUUGUAGAUUCUGUGAAAUGUUAUUUUAAUGAAAUCACUCGAGUCUUUAAUAGCAAAGCAUCGAUACUCACCGAAGUCGGUAUGGAAGAGUUUUUGGACACAGAUGCAGCCCUGACACUACCAAGGAGUGUCUGAUUCCACGGGGCAUUACUGUAUCAUGACUUGAUGUUGCCGCAUAGACUUUGAGAUAUCCAAUAUUUUGGGGGGGUUGUGUUGGCCUCUGUCCUCUUGCAUAGUGUGAAGCCUGUAAAGCUGGUUCCCUGUACAUAGAUAGCUCCUGUCCUCUAGGUAGAGCGUAUCGAGACUUGCCUGUAAUAUUUUAGCUUCUUACUGACUGUGUGUGAUGGUAGAACAUAUAAUUUUUGUACAUUCUAUUUACUGAGAUGUUGCCUUUUUUUUUUUUUUUUUUGUAUUUUAUUUUACAAAUACUCUGGAAUUCAGAUGUGGGGGGGUUGGGCUUUGGUUGUUUUUUUUUUGUUUGUUUGUUUGUUUGUUUUUUCCUUUUUUUUUUUCCUUUUGCUUUUCCGUGAGGAUUCCUUUGGAAAGGUUUUUAAUGACAUUCCACUGAUCUGAAAUUUUUGCUUGAGGUUGACUUCAAUAAAUCGUUCUGAAUGUUCCAAUGCUGAGAUGAGUCAGUUCCGUCUCGGGGCGGGGCGGGGGGAUGGAUAACGGGAGGAUAACGGGACUCCCGGUUGCGGUCCCUCCUCCGGGCUGGGCUGCGCUCGCCCCGCCCCGGCGGCUCCGCGGGCGAGCAGUGGCCAUGCGGCGAGCGGAGCUGGCGGCCGAGACCGCGCUGCGGGUGCUGCUCCUCGCCACCUUCGGGUGGGUGCGGGACCCCCGCCCGGGGCCGUCCCCGCCCGCCCCGGGGCUCACGUGUCCGUCUCGUUUCCAGGAUCAUGGAAUUCCUGCCGCCCUUCCAGCGCGUGGUGCAGCCCGAGGAGAUGUGGCUCUACAAAAACCCCUCAUCGCAUUUCUGUCUCCCUUGUUGCUCAUCCUCCUGGCGAGGCUGUUCAUGGGCGCUGACCACGAGGACACGAGGGAAGCCUGCCUUGCUGCCAGCCUCGCUCUUGCCCUGAACGGGGUUUUUACAAACGCUCUGAAGCUCGUUGUGGGGAGGCCCCGGCCCGACUUCUUCUACCGCUGCUUCCCGGACGGCCGAGCCAACACGGAGCUGCUGUGCACGGGAGACGCCCGCAGGGUGACCGAGGGGAGGAAGAGCUUCCCCAGCGGACACGCUUCCUUUGCCUUUGCUGGUCUUGCCUUCUCUGCCUUCUACCUGGCAGGGAAGCUGCACAGCUUUGUUCCGGGCCGGGGGGGCCGGGCCCUGCGCUUCUGUGCCUUCCUCCUCCCCCUCUUCCUGGCCACCCUCAUCGCCGUGUCCCGCACCUGCGACUACAAGCACCACUGGGAAGAUGUGUUGGUUGGCUCAGUGAUGGGCUUGGUGCUCGCAUACCUGUGCUAUAGGCAGUACUACCCUCCCCUGACAGACACCACGUGCCACAAACCAGCUGUGGCCAAGCCCAAACCGCUGCCGGCGCACGAGGAGAAGCCUCCAGCUCCCAGCUUCCACAUGAGCAUAUAGUGCUGGGCCCUGGGGGCCAGGGCAGGGCAAGGCUAGGGGGAGGCUGCUCAGGAGAAGUAGCUCCCUUGAGGAGGAGCCCCUGGGCAGGUGUUCCCUGCCAAGCCAGUGAGUUUCCUGUCCUUGCCCUUGUGUUGCUUCAUUUCAUUGAAUUUUGUAGACCAGUUCCUCUUCAGGCCCACUGUGAAGCAAGGGAGGCACUUGGGGUGCCAGCCUGUGGAAAGACAGUUGGGGUGUGAAGGUCCUGAACAAGAACUGGGAAAAUGUGACAACCCAGUGUGCCCAGUCUGGUG